AUGGACUUCAUUCCAGAUCGCCUGCUUCGAGGCAUUGCGGGGAACAAAAGAGUAGUGCCCAAUGCAACGGGUCACCGCGCCCCAACAACCACAUUGGUGCUGAACAACGCGAAGAUCACGCAUGCCUUAGGCAAGUUGGCUCAAGCAGGAGUUGCCGACGACGCCGCCAGUGGGAUACUUAACCUGCCAACAACCACGAGCACGGUCCAUGCGGAGAAGAUCACACAUGGAAUCGAGAAAUUGACAAAUGCUGGUCUGGCUUCAGACAGCACUGCUCCGACCACAAUAUCCAGCAGCCACGGUCUUGCCACAAAGUACAUUGUCGUUAUCGCUGUCGUCAGCGCAGUCAUUCUGCUCGUCCUUCUGGCUAGUGGUUGUUUAUGCUGGAGGAGGUACAGGAGAAGAAGAGCGUACGAUGUUGUCAGCAAGGGUAUCGACAAGAAAGGAAAGACGCCUAUGAGAGAGAAGGAGGACAUGUUCAACGCCGACAUGGGAGAAUCGGAGAGCUUCAACGUCGACGGUCAGAGGCUUACAGAGCGCAAUUUCGAGAGCGGCUAUGACAAGGUAGACACCGAGUAUGAGGGAACAGGUUAUGGAGGAGUCGACAAGCACGGUGGCGACAAGAGAGCCAGGCUUGAGGCUUGA